AUGGUCUCAACGUACCAGAUGCCGGCUUACUACAGAUCCACACCUUUGACUGUAGACACAACACAAGCGCAAAAGUACUACGAAGAGGAGGACCACAGCAUCUUGGACGAAAGCAUCUUGGACCACAGCGCACUCGACUCGGGUCUGGAAAUGUCGCCUCCCAUGGCUGGUAGCCGAAGGGAAUCCUUCGCUGUUGGCGGCUCUCUCUUCUCGCCCAAGACGGAAGACUGGCAAUCAGUCGACAUGCAAUCCGUGCCGUCCAACAACCCGUUCCUCGAGCAGCACAACAACAACAACCCUUUCAUGCGCCUCGACCAUGCUCAGCCCUCUCCUUUCGGCCACCAAGGCAACGCCUGGUCCUUGAGCAACACAUCCGGCUCCUGCACUCCCCUGCAGCAGUUCGAUGGCAUGCCGGCCGAAUACGACAACGGCACGCCCAUGUUCCAAAGACCCGUCCAAGGCCAGACGCCCUUCACCAACCCUACCGGCCAGAUCAACAUGUUCGCGCCCAUCGGCUCAGGGAACCAGUCCAUUCCGACCUCGCCGCAAAAGGGCUGGCUCGGCCAGGCCGAGUCCAUGGCCAAGAAGAUGCGCCCUGGGAGCCCUACCAUCCGCUCGCACAACGACAUGAGGAGAGGUGACGGUAUCCGGAAGAAGAACGCCCGCUUCGACAUCCCUGCCGAGCGCAACCUCAGCAACAUCGAUCAACUCAUCGCCCAGUCCACCGAUGAGCAGGAGAUCAAGGAGUUGAAGCAGCAAAAGCGACUGUUGAGGAAUCGACAGGCAGCCCUUGACUCUCGCCAAAGAAAGAAGCAGCACACUGAGCGCUUGGAGGAUGAGAAGAAGCAGUUCACCGCCGUCCUCACCGACAUGGAGGAGGAGAUGGCCGACAUGAGGAAGCAGAUGGAGCAGCUGUUGAGGGAGAAGCAGUUCAACCAGGAGUACAUUGAGUCGCUCACGAUGGAGAAGGAGGAGAUGAUCCGCUCUCACACGAUCGAGACGGGCGAGCUCCGCAAGAAGGUCAGCGUCCUCACCGACCACGUCCAGCGUCUCGAGAACGCAGCCAUGACCGCCCCCGCCAACAACGCCUUCGUCUCCAACUACGACGACAUGGACGGCAUGACCAUGCCCGGCACCUGGGACAACGUCAGCUUCCUCGGCGAGUACCCCAUGGAGCAGGAAGUCAAGCAAGAGCUUCAGGUCGUCCCGGCCAAGAAGGCCGACACCUCCUUCCCUGCCGAAUCCGAGAAGUCCUCGUCGCAGGGCGGCAUCCUCUUCAUGCUCUUCCUCGUCGGUGCCUUUGUGCUGUCGAGCCGGUCCACCCCCUCCAUCCCACGGGUGUCGGAAGAUGUCCGCGCUGAAGCCGCCACGCUCCUCGAGAACGUCUUCAAGGACGCCGGCAUCAACGAGGCAUCCAACACCAUGAACGCCGUCGCUCCUCAGCCUUCUGGCGGUUCGUGGGUGGACAACUCCGCCGUGUCCAUGGGCGACACGUCCAUGGGCGGCGUCGCACCGUCGAUGCUCGGCCAACUCGGUGACUCACUCACCCAGCCCACCGAUGAGCAGACCAACGAGCAGCUCUUUGGCCUCUCGGCUGCCCAGUACAACGGCGUCAACGCCCAGGACUUCCUCAAUAACGCCCCCGAGCGUUCCACAAGCCAAGGACGCAAGAACCUCGCCGACGCCCUCGCGGCGAUGCGAAACACAAAACAGUCCGCGGCCGAAGUCUACACUAGAUCUCUCCUUUGGGAUCAAAUCCCCAGCGAAGUCGUCAGGAACUUUGCCAAAAUGGUGUCGGAAAGCAACAGCGCCAAAGUGGGCGCUAACGAAUAA